AUCGAAUGUUUAAAUCUAUUCCGGAGUAUUUGUGCAUUCAUUCAUUCAUUCUUGUUCCCUUGUAGUGUGUGUGUUUUGAUUGAUACAUAGAGAGACAGAAAACGGCGAGAGAUUUGCGAGAGAGAUGAUGAGAUGGAGGCGAUUGAGCUGAGGGAGGAGGAGGGAGAUGGCAAGAGGAGAGUGGGGUGUUGUUAGAGGGAGAUGGAAGUGUUCUUACAAGAGAACAACAAUCAUCCUCUGCUCAAUCAACCUCGCUGUUGCUCUCUAUGUUCUUCACUCUCUCUUCAAUUCUCUCUACAUCUACCCCUACAAUGAUUCCCAAACUUCUUUUAGUUAUAGCCCAGAUCAGAUUAGGAAAAUGGAAGAAUCUACUCGAAUAAGAAAGGCAUCAGAACCCACAGAGCUUAUUAAAUUGGUAAGCCAUUUAAAGAAGGAAUUUUUAACAGAAGAAAAGGUCGUGGAAGUUCCCAAACCCUUGAAACUAAAGAUAACAGAUGAGAUACUAUCAAUUUUAAGAGGGUUGAAUGACAUUACGAAUGCAACUUUGCAGAGAGAGGCUGUUGAAAGUUGGCGCACGGCAAAGCUCAAAGAAGCCAAUGAAGUCAUUCUUGGGAAAGCAUCAACCACAAACCUUGUGCCAGAAGAAGCGAGUGUGCUUGCAAGAGCUUUGCAUGUCAAUUGGGAUGAGCUAUUAGAGGAAAUCGGUCUUUGGAUCCCUGUUGAGGUCAUUAAUAAGGAACACGAUGACAAGCCCGAAGGAGAGGAAUUUGAAAAUGAAAUUAUAGCUGGCAAACGGCUUCCUCCUGAAUGCCAUGCUGAACUUCACACAGACUAUGGUGGUGAUGCUGUCAGAUGGGGUCUUACCCACCACAAAGAAUCUGCUUACGAUUGUUGUAUGGCUUGUUUGGAUCAGGCCAAACAUGCCAAACCGGGUGACAAGAUAUGCAACAUAUGGGUUUAUUGCCCAUCCGAAACCGGUUGCUACUCCCCUGAUAUUUAUGAACACAAACAUCAAGAGUGCUGGUUGAAAUAUUCUGAGAAACCAAGGUUGAGCUUUAAGGACCGUUAUUCUGAGUCCUACAGAAAUGCCCAUCCAAAAGCUCCACUAAUUGUUCCGUGGAUGUCGGGAGUGGUAAGUGUAGUUUGAGGAAGUUGCCAUUGCAAGGGAACUUACAUAUCCUUCACCCAGGGGUAAAAGCAUAUCAUCAAGAUGUGAAGAUGUUGUAAAAUGCCAUUCAUCUGAAAGGCAAACUAACUAAAGAGGAUUUUGCAUCUGCAGCUGACAUCCCAAAUUCCCAAUCCAAUGUAUUGCUUCAUCAAUCUUUAUUUUUUUAGAUGGUGUGGGUGAGGGUGGUUUAUUGGAUUGGGUUACAAGUCUUCUUGCUACUCAUUAUAUAUGUGGGAUUGCUUUUGAUUCAAACCAAGUGUAUUUGUUGGUUUUGGAAUUCAUACGUUUGUUACACGGAAUUGGAAUUGAAUUGGAUGAAAUUCUGAUGAUGUCCUUUUG